AUGAAAGUUUUCUUCAUGGAAAAUCUCACAAAACUCGACUUUGUGCCACUUGAUAUUUCUGGACGAAAUUACUUAUCAUGGAUUCUUGAUGUUGAAAUCCACUUAGAUGUUAAGGGUCUUGGAGACACCAUCAAACAUAACAAUGAAGCAUCAAGUCAAAAUAAGACCAAGGCUAUGAUUUUUCUUCGCCACCAUCUCCAUGAGGGGUUAAAAUUUGAAUAUCUGAUGAUAAGAGAUCUUCUUACUCUUUGGAAAAAUUUGAAAGAAAGAUAUGACCACCAAAAAACUGUCAUACUGCCAAAUGCUCAAUAUGAAUGGUUGCACCUGAGGUUGCAAGAUUUUAAAUCAGUAAGUGAGUAUAACUCUGCAAUGUUUAAAAUUACUUCUAAAUUAAAAUUGUGCGGAGAAAAGAUUCCUGACAAUGAUAUGUGCGGUAUGAAAGAACAUUUGUCACAUACUUAUCGUACGUCCAAACAUCUUGUUGAUCUUUAUCAAGCCUCUUUGAAGGAGAAGGAGAAAAAUAUAGAAGCAAACUUUGCCUAUCAAGAUGAUGACCUCCUCAAUGAAUCCUUGGAUUUUACAAACUUGGAUGUUGCUGAUGAUCUCAUCAAUGGCAAUAUGAAUAUUUCUACUGGCAAUGAGAAAGUCCAUAAUUAG